CAGCUCAGAUAAUGACUGACAGACAGCUAACCUUUACUGCACAUCCAUUAAACUGAUAUGGUUUCUCUGAAGCUCCGCCCCCGGGGGCUCGCCGUCACUUCCUCCUCUGCACAUGCACGAGAGGCACGUUCAAAACCUCAGAAAUCUUUAUGGUUUAAAGUUACAGCUCAGGUCAAAGUCGGAUGAAUUCCUUCUUAUAUUAUAUAUUCCACCUUCAACAUAUAUAGUCAUAUAUAUUUAUAUAUGAGUCAGAGACAUUCUCUGGUGGUGACAAGUACUGUGUCCAUAAUGUCCAUCAACUGGACUCCUUCACUGAUUCAUCAGUUCCUGUCAAACAGCACUGCCUUUCACUGGCUACUGUUGGCUAAUGCUAAGCUGUUGUUAGCAGCGCCACACAGCUGGAGGCGCUGUUCUGCCCAAAGUUGUUUUUUUUUGUUUUUUUUACAACUGUUAACAUGAGUCUGUGAUCAUGUGAUGUUCCAACAGAUGGUCCAACAUGUGGCACUGGUCUUCAGAUGGACCAGUGUCUGACGGUGUGAGAGACCAUUGACAUAUGAAUUCUAAUGUCUGUGGUCACUAAACAGUUGAACUUUAACUGCUCUGAAGUUAAGGAUUCGUCCCCUGAGUUGAGGAGGAGGAGGAGGUGCAGGAGGAGGAGAUCCAGGGAAACAGGUUUUUCUUUUGGAUCCAAACCUACGACAGCUGAAGAACCUGAAGAGAAGACUCCUCACAGCGGAGGUUCCUGCUGCGUCACGGUGUGAUUUAAUGUUUAAAUGAUGAAGGUCACACGCUGCAGUUUUUACAAGCCCGUCACAAUGAAGCGCUUGUACCUGCAGGCCGUUUCCUCCCAGCAUCCUCGGCUCUCCCUGACUUUAUUGACAGCUGCCCCAUAAAAAGAGUUUAAAGAGGACAAUGGUUAUAAAGUCGGAUCAAGUGCUGCAAUUCCAUAUAACUUUCAGAAUGAUGUUGUCUUUUUAUGAACAUGUGCUGCUGAACACUGAUCCCAUAAACCCCCCACCCUCCACCCCCCACCACUGGUUAAUUUUUGAUCCUUUUUCUACUUAUUAUCUGCUCCCUGCUGCCAGUUCUGUCACUGAGGGACAAGCUAACGUCCGGGAACUUCUCCUCUCCUCUGGUAUUUGGAGAUAGUGAACAGCCACAGCUCCUCCAUCCAUCCAUCAUCCAUCCGUCCAUCCAUCCACCAUGUCUGCGGCCGUGCUCCCUCCGUCCUGCAGCGUCUUUGCGGCCGUCUGCUCCGGCAGCGACUGUCUGGUACCGCCCAGUAACUUCAACGAAAUGCUGAGCCUGGUGUUGAGCGUCGGGCUAACGGUGAUGCUAGCUCUGGUCAUGUUCUCCAUGGGCUGCACCGUGGACGCCUCUAAGCUGUGGGGUCACAUCCGGAGACCCUGGGGCAUCAUAAUCGGCUUCCUGUGCCAGUUUGGCAUCAUGCCCUUCACGGCCUUCGCCCUGUCGCUGGCCUUCAACGUGCUGCCGGUGCAGGCCGUGGCCGUCAUCAUCAUGGGCUGCUGUCCUGGGGGCUCCGGCUCCAACGUCAUCUGCUAUUGGCUGGAUGGAGACAUGGACCUGAGCAUCAGUAUGACGGCCUGCUCCUCCAUCCUGGCCCUGGGCAUGAUGCCCCUGUGUCUGUGGAUCUACACCUCCACCUGGACUUCUUCUGACACCAUUCAGAUUCCCUUUGACAGUAUAGGGAUCACUCUGGUGGGUCUCCUCGUUCCUAUCGCCCUUGGAAUGUAUUUUAAAAGUAAGAAGCCAGAAUUAGCCAAAAAGGUUCUCAAGGUGGGCUCCAUUUCUGGUGUGUGUCUGAUUGUGAUCAUCGCUGUGGUGGGAGGAAUCCUCUACCAGUCCUCCUGGGUCAUCGCCCCCUCCCUGUGGAUCAUCGGCACCAUCUACCCCUUCAUCGGGUUCAGCAUGGGGUUCCUCCUGGCCCGGUUCACAGGUCAACCCUGGCACAGGUGUCGGACCAUCGCCCUGGAGACUGGUUUCCAGAACUCCCAGUUGUGCAGCACCAUCAUCCAGUUGUCCUUCAGCCCAGAUGAACUGGAGGUGAUGUUCGCCUUCCCCCUCAUCUACAGCAUCUUCCAGCUGGUGGCAGCCGUCUCGGCGGUGGGAGCCUACCAGGGCUUCAAGAGGCUACGGGGCGGUGGUGCAGCGGGUACAGACAGUGAAGCUCCGUCACUGGAGGCUGGUGAUUCAGAAAUGGAGAAACAGAAGGAGGAGAAGAAGACGGACAUGAACAAACACACCAGGCUGUGACACAAACACACAGAAGAAGAAGAAGAAGAAGAAGAAGAAGAGCAGACGGAGAGAUGGGGGGGGCAGGUUGUGCUGCUGUAUUUACCCUAGUGGUCAAAUGUAUCUGCUCCAUUGGUUAAAUGUAUUUACCCCAGUGGUCAAAUGUAUCUGCCCCAGUGUUAUACACUGUCACGUGUAUCCAUAAUUUAUUUGCCUGCUGUUUUCUAACAGUAAUAGUUAGCAAACAACUUAUUAACUUAAUAACUUUAUAUAUAUAUAUAAAUAUAGACACUUAUUUCAGGAGCCACAUGGGGGCGCUGUGGUGAGUGUUCGUGCCCUGCAGAAAAAUGUUAGUCAGUUAGAGCACAAAAACAUGAUUAACUGUUGACUCUAAACUGACUAGAGGUGUGAAUGUGUUAGUGUGAAUGUGUUUGUGUGAAUGUGUUAGUGUGAAUGGAUGUUGUGUUUGUGAUCCUGUGAUGGACUGCAGAACUGUCCAGGCUGUGACCCCGCCCGUUUGGUCCCGGCUCCUCUGUGACCCUGACCCAUGGUCACAUGGUUUCCUAUAUGUGCUGUAAGGCAGGAGGACUAACCACUCGCCCACAAUGUGGCCCCUGGUCUCAGAGGUGUAAUCAAACUGUGGUCACAUGUCGAUCUUUGUCUUGUUUUGUUAACAAUAAACGUUGAGAAUCG